AUGACGGACGCCGAAAUCAGUGACUCUACGGACGUACGGACAACAGGAUGGAUUUACAAACUGUCAAAAAUUGAAUUGCAAGAAUACUUGAAUAAGCUUAAAAUCACAUUCGAUGAACAGCAAACCGUCGACGAAUUGCGACAAAUAUUGGUAAAAUAUUGCAAAAAGAAACAAAAUAUAAACGCGAGCCAACCCAAAAUGUCACACGCACACAUAACCCAUUUAAAUCUUCAACCAUUUGAUGGCACUAAAUGGGAAUGUUUUGAACAACAAUUAGAAUGCUAUAUUGCAUUGAAUGACGUGCCACAGGAGAAAAAAGUGCCCCUGUUGUUAACAAAAAUAACACCUCAGGUUUUCGAAAUUUUGACGUCUCUGUGUAACACAAAAAAACCUUCAAGUCUCUCUUAUGUUGAGCUUACUACAAUUUUGAAAAACAAAUACGUACCAAAAAAGUCUAUUGUUUUGGAACGUGCGACGUUCCGAAGUCGGAAUCAGCUUCCAAAUGAAAAAAUAGAGGAUUAUGUUACAGAACUACGGAAGUUAGCUAGCAAAUGUCAAUUCAAGGACUCCGAGGAUCAAUUAAAAGAAAAGUUCAUCGACGGUGUGCAUUCCAAACUCAUUAAAUUUGAAUUACUAAAAGCGGAUACAAGUCAGACAUUAGAAGAUUACAUUACUUUGGCUAGAACGGUAGAAGCGGCAUUAAAAGAAACAGGGCAGAAGGCAGAAGUGGAAGCUAAUGUUUACUAUCAGCAAACUAACAGAAACAAAUCAUUUCAAGGUAGACCAACAAGAGGGAAGCCAAGCAUGAAUAAAGCUACGAGGUGUUUCUGCUGCGGUGGUCACAAUCAUUUGCGUUCAGAGUGUACGCUGCGCCAAAAAUAUUGUUCGGAAUGUGGUCAACAAGGACACAUUUUUAAGGUCUGUCCCAAGAAGAAGAGUUUCAAAAUUAACUGUAUAGAGAAAGAGGAAACCGAGGAUAUCUCAGAAAACCAAAAAAUGGAUGAGUACCAAAUGUACUAUGUAAAUAAGCCAGAGCUGCAAUAAAGGAAAGGUUCGCAGAAGUAUUUAGUGAAGGAUGGGGAAAUUUUAAAGGUGAAACCAUCAGCCUUAAAUUAAAAAAGGAUGCCAAACCAAAAAGCCUGCCGGUACGCCGAGUUCCAUUUGCACUUCAAGACAAGGUAAAAGCUGAAAUUUCUAGACUUUUACAAAAUGGUAGAAUUGAACCCGUGGAGACCAGUGAGUGGGGUACACCUGUGGUUCCAAUUUUAAAGGGAGAUGGUUCGGUAAGGUUAUGUGGAGACUACAAAUUAACCGUCAACCCACAUUUAGAGGUGGAUCACUUUCCAUUGCCUCAUAUAGAAGAGAUAUUUAAUUCCCUUAAUAAUGGAAAAUACUUCUGCGAGCUGGACCUGAAAGAGGCGUAUCAUCAGGCACCAUUAGACGAAGCCUCAAAAGAUUGUACAGUUAUUGUUACAGAAGUGGGCACAUUCAGGUAUAAUUAUCUUCCUUAUGGUGUGAGCACAGGACCAGGGUCAUUUCAGCGGCUCAUGAGUAAAAAAUUAUCAGAUAUUCCAAAUACUGCUGUAUUUAUAGAUAAUAUUUAUAUUAGUGGUAAAGAUAUCCAGGAUACAGUAGACACUUUAUCUAAGGUUUUAGAGAGGUUACAACAAAGUGAAUUUAAGUUAAAAAUACAAAAAUGUAAAUUCUUUGAAAAAAGCAUUGACGUGUUUGGCUUUACGAUCGACAGCAAUGGUAUACGGGUAAAUAAAGAGAAUAUAGAACCAUUACUGCAGGCCACACCACCCACAAAUGUAACAAUGUUAAGGUCAUUUUUAGGCAAAGUUAACUAUUAUUCUCGUUUCUUAAAAGAUAUGGCCAGCAUAUUGACACCAUUAUAUGAAUGUACCAAAGAAAAUAAAUUCAAGUGGACGCACCAAUGUGAUAAUGCUUUUGUUAUGAUAAAAAAUAAGCUGGCUAACAUGGAUAAUCUAACUCAUUACGAUCCUAAUUUACCUUUAAUUUUAAGUUGUGACGCAUCAGAGACAGGCUUGGCUGCAGUAAUUUCAAAUAGAGACAGAAACGGAGUCGUAAAACCAAUUGCUUAUGCAAGUAAAAAACUGAAUGAGACAGAGAUUAAAUAUUCUACUAUAGACAAGGAAGCUAUGGCAGUAGUGUUUGGUGUGACAAAAUUCUAUAAUUAUACAUAUGGUAGGAGUUUUGAGUUAGAAACUGAUAGUGCAGCUUUAGUACGCAUUUUUGGCCCAACUAAAGCCAUUCCUAAAAUGGCGGCAAAAAGGUUGCAACAUUAUGCAAUUUUUUUGUCAGCAUUCAACUACAAAAUUCGACACAUUAAAACUGAUAAAAAUCCAGCAGAUUUUUUAUCACGGACCCCUAUGCUAAUUAAUAAAAAUCAAGAUACUAUGCAUCCUAUUUGUACCGAUGCAGAGAUAAGUAAUAUUUAUUACAUUCAAAAUUGUGAAAUUAAUAACUUGGACUGGAAAUCUAUACAGGAGGCAACCAGAAAAGAUGUAACAUUAGCCAAAGUCAUAAGAUAUACCAUGGACGGAUGGCCUGACUUAAUGAUGGACAAAGAAUUGUCAACCUACGGUAAUAAGAAAACUGAAAUAAGUUUUGACAGAGGUUGCCUUUUCUGGGGUUAUAGAAUCAUCAUACCGGAGUCAUUAAGACAGGCAAUCUUAAUUGAACUACAUAAAAGUCAUUUCGGUACUGUACGUAUGAAGCAGCUGGCACGCUCUUACUUCUGGUGGCCAGGCAUAGAUGCAGAAAUAGAGAAAAUCACAAAUGAUUGUCUUACUUGCCUUUCAGUUCGGAAUAAUCCCACUAAGGGGCACCAGAAGUCGUGGCCAGUGGCUCCAUCUGUAUGGUACCGCAUUCAUGCGGAUUAUUGUGGACCAUUUUACAAUAAAAUGUACUUAGUGGUGGUUGACAGUUAUAGUAAGUGGCCAGAAAUUAUAGAAAUGAGCUCGAUAACCUCAUCUCGUACGAUCGAAGUUUUCAAUAGUCUUUUUGCACGUCAUGGCUACCCUGUCCACUUGGUAACUGACAACGGGCCGUCCUUUACAUCGGCUGAAUUUAAAGAUUUCUGUAAGCUGAAAGACAUUAAACAUACCUUUACUCCUCCAUACCACCCUGCGACCAAUGGAGCAGCAGAAAGAUUGGUGGAUAUAUUUAAAAAACAUGUCUUAAAAAUUAAAGAAAGCAGAGGAAAUACAAUCCAAUCUGCAAUUAACUUAUUCCUUUUCGAUUACAGAGUAACACCACAUAGUACAACAGGAGUGACGCCUGCUUCGCUCAUGUACAAUAGAGAUCUCCGGUCCCGGUUCGCUCUGCUACGACCGCCGCCGGUUACAGAAAGAGCUCAACAUAUGUUAGAAAAGCAGAGGGAACUGGCAUCGGGGAGUAGAAACAUAGAAUUUGUGGUGGGAGAAAAGGUAAUGGUUAGGGAUUAUAGGAAAAACAGACAACCUUGGAUACAAGGAGUUAUAGUGGAGGAAUCGAUUCCUAACACGACGUAUAUCAUAGACGUGGAGGGGUGUAAAUGGAAGCGACAUGUUAAUCAAAUGUUAAAUUGUAGCCUUAGUUUAUUAGAAUAAGAUACUCGCAGGCCAUCCUAGGAUGUGCACGUAUGUGUGAUGCCAAGAGUAAACGUAGCAAUAAGAAUGUUAUGUGAAAAGUUAACUACAACUAUAUAAAAUAGGUUUUUAUAGUUAGCGAAAGAAGUUGUAAACUUAAGUACAGUCAUUUUAAGUUUAUAUUGUUUUAGGAAUAAGUCUAGCGUAAGGUAAAAUGUAACAUUCCAGAGAACUGUUUAAAACUGGUGGGGGAGAGUGUGAUAUACUCGUGUAUGUCAGCUUUAAGUGCCUAUGGUCGCUCUUAUCUGUGGGCUGUUUCGCUCUUCUCCAAUAUGGCGUCUUGAUUGUAAGAUCGAUAAAUUAGUGUUCCAAUAAAGAAUACAGCAUUAA